UCCGCUACAUGGCACUCAAACCCAACACGGAACUGUACGAGUAUGCGACAGACCAAAACAAGAGAUAGCCGCGCUACUACGGGAUUAAAAACACGAUUACGUAUGUUGUGGGUUGUAUAAAAGGUGAGAGUCUGUUCAGUCUAUUAGAAACAGCUCCAUAGGUUUCCUCGUUUGAUUAUAUAAACCCGAAAAGACAUGGGUUAACGGUUUACGUUCCUAGAAAGCCCGAGCUUCAGAAAAAUGUCAACUAAGGAGGGAGGAGAUGGAAAAAAUGGUCAACCUGUGGCCAUGUCGCCUGAAAGAAUGGCCACCGACAAAAGCAGAGAAAACCAGAACCAGCGUGAAGUCGAGGCAACAGGAGGCACCACAGACACCAGCACAACCGCAAAAAACUUGGCUUUGCUUAAAGCGCACUCUCUGGACGUGAAGUUUGACGUGGGAGAGGAGUAUGAUGUUAUCGAAACCAUCGGCACAGGGGCCUAUGGUGUCGUUUCGUCUGCUAGGAGAAGGGACAAUGGCCAGCAGGUGGCGAUAAAGAAGAUCUCCAAUGCUUUUGAAGUGUUGACAAAUGCUAAACGCACUUUGCGAGAGCUGAAGAUUCUCAAGCACUUCAAACAUGACAAUAUUAUCGCCAUCAAAGACAUCCUGCAGCCUAACCUUCCUCAUUCUGCCUUCAAGUCUGUGUAUGUGGUGCUGGACCUGAUGGAGAGUGACUUGCACCAGAUCAUACACUCUUCCCAGACGCUAACCUCAGAGCACACACGCUACUUUCUUUACCAGCUCCUCCGUGGCCUGAAGUAUGUGCACUCUGCGAACGUAAUCCACCGCGACCUCAAACCCUCCAACCUGCUAGUGAACGAGAACUGUGAGCUAAAAAUUGGUGACUUUGGCAUGGCAAGAGGUCUAAGUUCACACCCUGAGGAGUCUCAUUCCUUCAUGACUGAAUACGUGGCAACUCGAUGGUACCGUGCUCCUGAACUCCUGCUGUCUCUCAAUCACUAUAGUUUGGCCAUUGACUUGUGGUCUGUGGGCUGCAUCUUUGCAGAAAUGUUGGGGCGUAAGCAGCUUUUUCCUGGGAAGCACUACGUCCACCAGCUCACGCUCAUUUUGGGUGUGUUAGGCACUCCUCCUGAGGGGUUGAUUAGUACUAUUAGGGCUGACAGAGUACGCUCCUAUGUUCAGAGUCUUCCAUCACGGUCUGCUGUGCCUUUGGCCAAACUGUACCCACAAGCUGAACCAGAGGCUUUGGACCUGCUGGUUGCCAUGUUGCGCUUUGACCCUCGUGAGAGAAUCUGUGUGACGCAAGCACUGGAGCAUCCUUACCUGUCUAAGUAUCACGACCCCGAUGAUGAGCCAAUUUGCGUGCCAGCUUUUGACUUUGAAUUUGACAAGCUUCCAAUAAACAAGGAACAAAUUAAAGAGGCGAUUCUGAUGGAGAUUCAGGACUUUCAUCAAAACAAACAGGGCUGUCGUCAAAGACUGCAGUUCAGGCCCUUGGCAAGGGCGAAUGGCAGAGCUGCAGCACAAAGCAGUAACCAGUGUAAUGCUCAGCCCUCCGCUGUUCAGAUGAGCAAAUCAACACUGGUUCCAAUGGCACAACACUCACAAGCAGCACAGAUACAGCAACAGCAAAUGAGAGAAGUGAAAUCUCAACAGCAGCAAGAUCACACACCAGCAGAUGGGAACAACACAUAUACAAAUCAGAUCCAAACCUUUAAUAAGCCUGCGCCCCUUUUAGAAGUUGCCCCGUCUCAAGUAACCCAUAAUUUGCCUCUUCUUUCUAAAAGCGAAAGUGGCCCAGUUGAUGUGGACAUGCCCAGUGCCAACUCAGACAGCGGUCAGCCAGAGACUAUAGAUUUAACAACCCCAGUGUCUAGUCAGGAUAAUCCAUCAGAAACAAUGAGAGACAGUGAGGUACAGGACCAGCUGACCGGAAGUCAGGCUCCUCUGACUCAGCCCACCCAGAGCCAGUCCAUGGCCCAGGCUCCCACCUCUGUUCCUGCCACGCCAGCACAGACCAUGACACCCCUACCCACCACUGUCCCUUCCCUUUGUCUAUCGGUGGCACAGGCCCAGUCACUGUCUCAGUCCCUUUCACAGUCACUGUCCAAGAAUGCCAGGCCGCCUCCAGGUGCCGCAGAGGGAACCAGAAAAGAAGGAGCUAUUUCAGAGGAUACGAAAGCUGCACUUAAAGCGGCUUUAUUGAAAUCAGCUCUCAGAAAUAAAGCCAGGGGUGACGGUGGUACCUCUGCGCUGGGCAUUGACGCUGGCACAGGAGGAGGUGUGUCGUCCUCCCUGUCUUCUGUUCCAGAUUUGCGUCGGCCUGUCACAGCCCAGGAGCGUCAACGCGAAAGAGAGGAGAAAAGAAGGAAGAGGCAGGAACGAGCAAGAGAGAGGGAGCGGAAAAUGAAGGAAAAAGAGAAAAGAGAGGGAAAGCAGGGGGACUCGCUGGGUGGGGUUCUGCUGAGUGACGAUGACAAAAGCCUUUUGCAGCGUUGGACAAAAAUGAUGGACAGCCGCAAUGAGAAAUCUCAGACUCCUAAUAACGAUGGAGCAAUGAGUAAAGACUGUACUGUGAACUCGCACAGGGGUGUAGCUAUCAGUGACAACACCCAAGGAGCACUGAGCAAUAACAUUGGCAAGGAGGCCAGGAAGAUUCAGUCUCAUGAACAGUUAAUCUCUCAAGUUAAACCUAACCAGCCAGGCGUGUUCCAGCCUCCCAGCGCCCAGCAACCAUCAUUACAUUUCUCCAUGAGCCAGAGGAAACCUUCAGCGGAUAUAGUUGUCGCUGUAAGCGGAGGGAUAGAUAUAAUGACAGUCACUAGUGGCUUUCAUAAGAACAACAUGCUCAAACCUCACAGUGAGAGCAACAGACAAAGUGGUUUUAACUGUUUGGGGAAUUGGAACGGGCAGCAAUUAGAGACGAGGCCACCACAACAACCACAACCAAACAGGAAAACGCAGCCUCAACCGUCGAGCUUUCUUCAGCCCCAGCUCCAACCGCAAAGUCAAACCCAGCAUGACCCUCAACGUCAGUCGCAACUGCUUCCUCUAGACAGUUUUUUGACCAAAGCUCCAACAUUAGCCACCAGACAGAUGAAUGGGAAUGUGGAUAUCGGACGCCAAAAUAACCUCAACUCCCACCCCAACCCCUCGACUGCAAGUGCUGGUCCGAUGGAGAAGCUGUGUUCCUCUGUAGGAGAGAAAUCUGGGCCACAGACCACAAACCCUAUCUGUGGGCCUUUAGGGGUCCCCUCACAGCCCCAUCCCAGCUUAGGAUUCACAGAUACUGGACAGCAAGGGCCCUCCAUUGCCCCUGACAUCCAUACAGUAACGCUGCAACUCUCAAAGUCCCAGGUAGAGGAUGUUUUACCCCCGGUGUUCUCGGUCACCCCUAAAGGCAGCGGGGCUGGGUACGGCGUGGGCUUUGAUCUGGAUGAUCUUCUCAACCAGUCUCUCACAGAUCUGCAACACUGUGACCGGGACAGUUACGAUUCGGCCCCACUCUCGGCCUCCCUGUUAUCUGACUGGAGCGAGGUGCACCGCAUGACUCCAGCUGAUCUGGAAUCGCUGCAGCAGGAGUUGCAACUCGGCUCUCCCAUGAUCCUCUCUGAUACCAUUCCCCCUGAUGCCUGACCUUCCCUGCCUGGAAUUUAAAAGACAACUCUUGGAUUUGUGUAAAUGUUAGAUGUUUUUAAGCAUGAAAACCUUGAGUGAAGACUUAAUCAAAUUAAUUUAAAAGCUAGCUUUUUUUACUAGACACUACCAAGCAGUCUUUUUUUACCGUUAUGACAUGCUGCGCUUUUUUUAAUAAUAAAGAAAACUGUCAUCACA